GCGCUGUGCACGUGAAGAAGUGAGGUUAUAGUAAACAGAGUGUUUAUGUUUUUCAAAAGUGUCUUUUUCUCAAGUUUUAACGUGAAAAAUGGAUAUUUCCCUCAAUAUUACCCAGGACACGGAUGCAAAAAAGACUCCCAAAAAGAGUGUUUCAGUAUCAAAACAAAAACCUCAAAACAAAGUCAAAAGAACUCCCGGAUUAUCCGGAUUUUCUUUUAAAUUUACGAAAAAUGAUAAAGUUAAGGCUAUUGUGGCUAGGAGGAGAGCCCCUAAACCUCCCACUGAGCCCACAAUUAGAAAAAAUUAUGUCACGGUGAGAGACAAUGUCUCUUCGGACAGUGAUUCAUCCGAGGAGACUGAUAAGCAGCCUCUUGAAAAAUCCCCAGAGGGGAAGAAUGAAGAAGAUGGCAAUAUAACAAUUGGGAUUUAUUCAGAACCCCCAGAAAAGAAGCCCAAGGAAAGUAAAUUACUUGCCAAUGAGGCAGUGUUUACUUCCAAGAAACCUCCACGAAAAGUUGAUCAUCGCACUGAAGCAUACAAGUCCGGAGCUCUUGAAGCUUCAGACUCUUCUAGCGAAGUGGAGGAUACCCCUCAGAGGUACAAAAAGCGCAAACGCCUCUCAGAAAUCAGAGCAGAAAUGCCUACAAUUGACUGGAAAGAAGUGAAUCCCCUAAAAGAGAGUCUUUUCAGCGGUCUCCCUCUAUCUUCCCUUGAUCUCCAUCCCCAUUUAGUAAAGAACCUUAACGAUCAGCUGCAAAUAAAGGAAUUGACAUCCAUCCAACAGAGAGCUAUUCCCUCAAUCCUAGAGCAAAAAGAUGCUCUAAUUCGUUCUCAGACAGGUUCUGGGAAGACUCUGGCCUAUGCACUCCCAGUUGUUCAGAUCCUCCAGAACAUUCGUCCCAAGUUGACGAGGGAGGGUGGGAUUCAGGCUCUUGUGGUAGCGCCAACGAGAGAAUUGGUCAUUCAGACUUAUGAGUUGUUUGUUAAACUUCUCAAACCCUUUACAUGGAUAAUUCCUGGGUAUCUCUGUGGCGGAGAGAAGAGAAAAUCAGAAAAGGCACGCCUCCGCAAAGGGAUAAACAUAAUGAUAGGGACUCCUGGAAGGCUCUGUGAUCAUCUCAAUCAUACAGAAUCUUUCCAAUUGAACUCCGUGAAAUGGUUGAUUCUCGAUGAAGCAGAUCGUUUGCUGGAAUUGGGAUACGAGAGAGAUGUUAAAAUGCUCGUGGAUGCACUCAAUGCCAAUAAUUCCACUGAAGAUGGCGGUAAAUCCCGUCAAACCCUUCUUUUGUCUGCGACUCUAACUCCAGCUGUGGAAAAACUCGCCGGAUUGGCUCUCAAUGAUCCUCUGUUCAUUGAUAAUACGGAAUCCGCAAAGUCUGACUACAAAGAAGAUUUCUCCAAAGUUGUCCAGGAAGCCAUAUCGGGAGAGAAACUUGUGGUUCCGGAUACAAUGAAACAGAUAUUUGUGGUACUUCCUCCGAAGCUCAGAUUGGCUGCUCUGUCGGGAUUGAUUGCUUUUGAGCAUCGUCGGAAGCGAGAUGUGAAAAUAUUGGUGUUUCUGGCUACACAGGAUCUGGUGGAUUUCCACCAUGACAUCAUGGUUGAGAUCCUCACGAGGAAAGUCGUGGAGGAAGAAGAUGAAGAUGUGGAGAAUGAAGAAAAUGAUUAUGAGGAUGGGGAAAAAUCUGGGGAGGAAUGCUUACUUCCGGGAGUUCGUUUUUUCAAACUUCAUGGCUCAAUGACUCAAACUGAACGGAAAUCCGUCUUUAAGGAAUUCAGGAACUGCAAGUCAGGGGUUCUUCUGUCCACGGAUGUGGCUGCUCGAGGCUUGGACGUUCCGGAAGUUGAUUGUGUGGUGCAAUUUACACCACCACAGAAAUUGUCCGAUUAUGUACAUCGGAUUGGUCGGACGGCAAGGGCAGGUAGAAGUGGAAGGGCAGUGAUAUUCCUGAAUCCUUUUGAAGUGAAAUUUGUGCAUACUCUUAAUGAAAAAGGACUAAAAUUAUUGCAGGAUGACUUCCAGAAGUAUCUGAAGCCACUCGUAAUAAAGAAGAAUCAACCCAAUGCCGCCAGUGAAGCCGUUUCUGAUUUGCAGCACAAAUAUGAGGACUUGAUUGCUGAAGAUCAGCAAAUGAAGGAAAUGGCUAGCAAAGCUUUUGUCUCAUGGAUACGCUUCUAUUCUGCUUUCCCCAAGGAUUUAAGGCACAUUUUCAAUCGAAGAGAAAUUCACAUGGGACACUUUGCCAAGAGCUUAGGUCUCAGGGAGCCUCCAUCGAAAUUUGCCAGGAACUUUAGUGCACCAAAAGCUCCAAAGCCCAUCAAUCGUCUUACUUAUGCUCACAAGAAUGAUGAUGCAGAGGGUGAAGCAGAUUUCAGAGAUGGUGGUGGUAGAAGUUUAGCGAAAUUUGCUACACAAUCCAGAAGUUUGACAACAUCCGAAUUUGAUAGCGGUAUUGCUCCUAAGAAGAGGCGGAAGGCGUAGUAAAUGACAAAUGUGGCAUUUAAUGUAUUUCAACCACAAAUUACCCUUGCACACACACUUCAUGGUAAAUCUCACAGAAACCUCCCCCGAGACAUUUUUAAAUCACGACGGUUUUAUCGAAGUUGAGUAUAUUGUAAUUUAGUGAGUUUAGGAUAAAUAAAAAAUGUUGUGGGAUA